CAUAAGGGAAAGUCACUAUGAAACUCGCAAGCUCUUCCAGUUCAACACCCUUGAGUUAGAUUGUUGGUACCACUGAUAUAAAUUACCAGUAAAUAUAAUUGAAUAUAAUUUCAUGUUAUUAACUAUAAAUGAUUUGUGAAGUUUCCGAAGGAUGCAAUUUUCUUAUACUUUGCGCGUAAAAAAAAUGAAAAUUAAUAGUAAAUUGAUAAGAGUAAAAGAAUUCAAAUAAGUUCGAGAAAUGUGUUAUUAAAUUAUAUGUAUAAAUUAUUUGAAGGGAAUCGUAUUGUGAAUUGUGUUUACGGAUGUCAUGAUGCUUAAACGUUCUUCCGGAAAAUCAUUAAUAAAUAUACACAUGAUAUUGAUGUAUUAUAAAUAUUUUGUAAAAGUCAACAAUGAACUGUACAGACUAUAGAUUUGUACUAACGCAUUUACUCUGCCAAAUUUGGAGGUUAUAAUAUGUAUACAAUAGAUAUGUAUAAUGUAAUUUUUUAUCGAUGAAUAUAAAUCAACAACGUUGGAGGUAUAUAUAAAAAACUUAUGUACCUUAAACAUAUGGAAGAAACCAUAAUUUUUUACAUAAAAGAACAACUUUGUAAGAAAUGCAAAUGCAAAUACCUUUAGAUUCAAUCCAAAAUGAAAGAACCAAUUCAUCUUGGUCAAGGAAGGAAAAACGUAAAUGGUUUUUAUCUUUACUAUGUGGUACUUGUCUUAUAUAUGCUACAAGAACAUCUGUUCCUUUGUUGAUACCAAUAAUAAGCAAAAAGAAACAAUGGUCCAAACCAGACUCUGGAGUAAUAUUAUCUAGUUUCUUUUGGGGUUAUACAUUAACGCAAGUUGCUAGCGGUUACAUUAGUGAUAAAAUAGGAGGACAAAAGGUAUUAUUGAUCUCUGCUGUUGGAUGGUCCACAACUACAUAUUUUAUGCCAGAAAUUAUUGAACUUUUUUCAAAUAGUGAUACAUCUGUAUUAUUAGUAGCUACAGUAAGAACGAUAAAUGGAGCAUUCCAAGGAAUGCACUUUCCUAGUAUGAUUAGUUUAAUAAGUCAACGAUUACAUGAAGCAGAAAGAGCCUCAUUCUUUAGUUUAUUAACAUCAGGAUCUGCCCUUGGUACAUUGCUCACAGGAUCUCUGGGUUCUUACCUAUUGGAAAAUUAUAACUGGACAACAGUCUUUCAAACUUUAGGUGGUUUGAGUCUGACAUGGACAUUAUUAUUAAGUUAUCAUACUUUACCAUUUAAAGAAAGGACAUCUUCUACUAAGAUAACUACUAACUAUGCUUUGCCAUGGUUGAAGCUUUUACGAAAACCUCCAUUCUGGUCAUGUGUAAUAGGUCAUGCUUGCCAAAAUAAUUGUUUUUUUGUAUUAUUAUCAUGGAUGCCAACAUAUUUUCAUGAUACAUUUCCUGAAGUGAAGAGCUGGGUUGUAAAUAUGGUACCAUGGUUGUCCAUGUUACCUUGUACAUUUUUGGGUAAAGCCCUUUCUGAAAAAAUAUUAAAAGCAGGAUAUUCUGUCACUGUAACACGUAAAACAAUUGAAACAAUAUGUUUUGUUACGGAAAUAAUAAGUCUUCUAUUUCUAGGUAUGUGUACAAUUGUAUUACAAACAAACUUUAUCAGUAAAAUUAAAUGUAACAUUAUUUUAGCAAAAGUGGAAACCUUUCAAAGUGCAAUAAUUUGCCUUGCAUUUAUAAUUGGUGGAUCAGGCUUUCACAAUAAUGCAAUUGCUGUAAACCCUUCAGAUCUUGCACCAAAACAUUCUGGAAGUGUAUUUGGAUUAAUGAAUACUGUUGGUGCAAUCCCUGGAUUCUUGGGAGUAUACUUUGCAGGACAUAUUUUACAUGUAACACACAGCUGGCCUGUUGUCUUUAUAUUUAUUGCUAUAAUUGAUGCAUUAGGAUGUGUAAUAUAUUUAUUAUUUGGAUCUGGUCAAGCAAUUAUAUAAAAAUAUGAUCUGUUACCUCCGUUUUUCUAGUAAAAACUUUUAGUCUAAAAUUAAUCAUAUAGGUUAUAAACAAUUUUAAAUUAAAUAAAACAUUAAAAGUUAUAAUAUUUCGUAACACCAUAUCAAAAUAAGGUAUUUUUUAAAAAUAAUCAAUGAUAUACUUUUAUAUUUUUAAUAAUAAUUGAAACUAUUUUUAAUUUUCGUACUUCAUUUAUACUUGUUUGUUCAUUUAUUUCUAAUCAUAAGAAUUACAAACAUAUAAUUAACAAGGAACAUCGUUUAUUUAAUGUAGAUUUAAAAUAAGUUUAAUUUAACGGU